AUGACCGCGACGAACGACGAGUGGAAGGGUCUCGAGAAGACCUACGCCAUGAUCAAGCCCGACGCCGUGGCGGCGGGAAAGGUCGAUGACAUCCUCAAGAUCGCCGAGGACGCGGGUUUCGUCGUCGUCCGGCGCCAGGAGCAGCGCAUGGACGCCGUCCGCGCGGGCGAAUUCUACGCCGAGCACAAGGGGAAGCCCUUCUACGCCAACCUCGUGGGGUUCAUGUCCAGCGGGCCGAUCGUGGCGUGCUGCCUCGCGAAGCACAACGCGAUCAAGGACUGGCGCGCCCUGAUGGGACCCACGAACACGUUCACCGCGAGGGAGGACGCGCCCAAGUCCCUGCGCGCCAAGUUCGGCACCGACGGCACGCGCAACGCGACGCACGGAUCCGACUCGCCCGCAUCCGCGAUGCGCGAGCUCAAGUUUUUCUUCCCGAACCUUCGCCUGGACCCGAUCCCGGAGGGCGCCGCGGCCCGGGAGUACGUCGCGCGGGAGCUCCAGCCCACGCUCGUGCAGGCGCUCGCCGCGUUGGCCAAGGAGAAACCGUCCGCGAACAAGCUCGAGGCGGUCAAGUGGCUCGCCGAUUGGCUACGCGCCAACAACCCCAACACCCCGCCGUCCUACUCGGAGGCGGAACUCCCGCUGAACCCCGACGACGAGGCCGUCGCCGACGGCGAGUUUUUCUCGACGGUAGCCGCGACCGCGGACGCCCAGGACGCCGCCAACGUCGUCGACGCCCUGGACGACCUGGAGGAGAUGGCGCGCGCGGCGACGAAGGUGCAGUCGCACUUUCGCGGUCAUCAGGCUCGACGGUCCGCGGCGCAGAGGCGAAGGGACGCGUUGGGGGGCGGACACGCGGAGACGCGCGUCGCGGUCGAGUCGCACACGGACGUGAUUGAGAUGGAGGGCGACCCGGAGGAACUCGCGCGAGCCGCGGCCACGGUGCAGGCGUCGUACCGGGGUCACAGGGCUCGCCGGGACGUGGCGAGGAUGAGAGCCGACGCCGACGCCGUCGCCGCCGCGGCGGUGAGCGGCAGCGGCGAGGCGGCUCUCUCCUUCGAGGGCACCGAGGAGGAGCAGAGCGCGGCGGUGAAGCUGCAGAGCAACUUCCGGGGGCACAUGGCCAGGCGGGAGGUGGCGGCGGAGCGGGCGAGGGCGGAGGAGGAGGUGGAGCUGGCGCGGGCGGCGACGAGGGUGCAGGCGGGGUUCCGCGGGCACCUGGCGAGGAAGCAGGUGGCCGGGAUGAAGGGCGGGGACGCGUGA